AUGAGACGGAUAGAUUCACUUAUGCUUUUUGACAAUCGGAUAAUACUCCAUUAUCCUAAAGAACCAGUCACUUUACUUUCUAGAAUAGGUAGAAAAUAUCACAUAGCUUAUGAAAAAUAAUAAAUUUAUCUUGUGAAGCAAAUAAAUAAUAAAGUUGAGAAAUAAGUCGGCGGGACGUUUGUAAUAGAUCUUUUGGAUCAAGGCCAAAUUUUUAAUACAACUAUUCAUCUCAAGAAAAUAAACUACUGCACUGGAAGGGAAGGGAAGAGGAGAGGAAACGAAACAAACUCUGAGCUAUUGGACUAAGUAUUAGAGAAUAGAUAUGACUAAAAAAUGAGAGUGCAUCUCGGAAGCAAUUUCUAGAAGAAAAAAGAAGAUCAAGUAUUGUUUGGAGUUAGAGACAAAGAAAAGUCUUGGAACUAGAGAAGACAAGUUAGCCAAAAGACGAAUAUUGAUAAUCAACAAGUACGCUUAAUAGAUUUUCAUGAUGAAGUUUGA